GAGUGACUGUGUGUGUGAGUGUGUGAGAGCUGGAGCGUGUCCGCUGGGGUAUAAAGCCGCGGCAGUAGCAGCAGCCCGGAGCCCCGAGCAGGUCAUCGGGAGGCGGAUGGGAGGCAGCGCGGCGGAGCCGGAGUCCGGGCCGAGCCGCUGAUCCAGGACCGGCGCUUAGAGCGGGAUACACCGCGCGGGGACAGACUACUUUAUACACCGGGCUGGUUUAUCGGUGAGUGUGUGCGAUGGCGGGCGGGGGAGCAGCGGCCCCUCCACUGUGGUAUCACCGGGACCUGAGCCGCGCCGCCGCCGAGGAGCUGCUGGCCAGAGCCGGCCGAGACGGGAGCUUCCUGGUCCGGGACAGUGAGAGUGUGAGCGGCGCCUACGCCCUGUGUGUGCUAUACCAGAAGCAUGUACACACCUAUAGAAUCCUACCUGAUGAGGAGAACUUCCUUGCAGUGCAGACUUCUCAGGGAGUGCAGCCAAAGAGGUUUAAGACGUUACCUGAGCUCAUCCAGCUCUACCUUCAGCCUAAUCAGGGUCUCGUUACCACACUGCUGCUGCCUGUGGAGAGAGAGGAGUGUAUGGACGAGAGAGACUACUCAGAUGGAGAGGAUGAUAAACCCCCCCUUCCUCCUCGGACUGGCUCCUGUAGCUCCGCCCUUGUCAGUGUAGACACUUCCACAGAGAUUGUGUCAGUGGGGAACGGGUUGAGUACGAUCUCUCAUGAGUACCUGAAGGGCAGCUAUGCGUUGGACUUGGAGGCGGUGAAACAGGGAGCGAGCAGUCUGCCUCACCUCAACAAGACACUGGUGUCAUCCUGCAAACGCCUGCACGGAGAGGUGGAUAAGGUGUUGUCUGGACUGGAGAUCCUGUCCAAGGUGUUUGAUCAGCAGAGCGCCUCCAUGGUGUCCAGGAUGAUUCAGCAGUCUGUGAGUCAGGGUGGCGAUCAGGAACUGGAGAAUCUUGUCACUAAACUGGCCAUCCUUAAAGACCUGCUGUCCUCCAUAGAGAAGAAGGCUCUGAAGGCUCUGCAAGAUAUGAGUGUGUCGUCCCCCCUCACCCCCCUGACGCGACACAGUAAAGCAAUUCCUGUCCAGGCUUUUGAGGUGAAGCCGGACAUGUACCUGGCUGAACUGGCUAAAAUCGGGAAGAGUCAGAAACACACACUCAGUGUGGACGUGGAGGCGGGAAAACUGGUGGUGAUGAAGAAAUUAAAGGACACACAGGAGGACUGGACCACCUAUACACACGACAAGAUCAGACAGCUGAUAAAGUCACAGAGAAUGCCAAAUAAACUGGGCAUCGUUUUUGAGAAGGAGAAGGACAAGAUCCAGAGAAAAGACUUCAUCUUUCCCAGUGUUAAAAAAAGAGAAGCGUUCUGCCAACUGCUGCAGCUGAUGAAGAACAAACAUUCCAACCAGGACGAACCGGACAUGAUCUCCAUCUUUAUCGGGACCUGGAACAUGGGCAGUGUUCCUGCCCCGAAGGCCGUGGGGUCUUGGCUCCUGUCCCGCGGUCUGGGUAAGACUCUGGAUGAGAUGACGGUUACGAUUCCUCACGACAUCUACGUGUUCGGUACUCAGGAGAACUCAGUGUGUGAUAAGGAGUGGCUGGAGAACCUGCGCGCUGCACUGAAAGACUACACCGAGAUCGACUACAAACCGGUUGCAGUACAGACACUGUGGAACAUUAAGAUUGUGGUUCUGGUGAAGCCGGAACAUGAGAACCGGAUCAGUCACAUUGGGAUGUCCAGUGUCAAAACCGGCAUCGCCAACACCCUGGGUAAUAAAGGGGCAGUGGGCGUGUCCUUCAUGUUUAAUGGAACAUCUUUUGGCUUUGUGAACUGUCACCUGACAUCCGGCAAUGAAAAGAUCCACAGGCGCAACCAGAACUACCUGGACAUCCUGCGGCAGCUCUCACUGGGAGACAGACAGCUCAACUCCUUUGACAUCUCACUGCGCUUCACACACCUCUUUUGGUUCGGGGACCUCAACUACAGACUGGACAUGGACAUACAGGAAAUCCUGAACUACAUAAACAGGAAGGAGUUUGAGCCGCUGCUGAAGGUGGACCAGCUCAAUCUGGAGAGGGAGAAGAACAAGGUCUUCCUCCGCUUCGCGGAGGAGGAGAUCACUUUCCCCCCCACGUACCGCUAUGAGAGAGGAUCCCGCGACACCUACGUCUGGCAGAAACAGAAAGCCACGGGGAUGAGGACGAACGUGCCGUCUUGGUGUGAUCGCAUCCUGUGGAAGUCUUAUCCUGAGACACACAUCGUCUGUAACUCCUACGGCUGCACCGAUGACAUCGUCACCAGCGACCACUCACCCGUGUUUGCCACCUUCGAGGUGGGCGUGACCUCACAGUUCGUCUCGAAAAAAGGUUUGCCGAAGUCCUCAGAGCAGGCCUACAUCGAGUUUGAGAACAUCGAGGCGAUCGUUAAGACAGCCAGCAGAACCAAGUUCUUUAUUGAGUUCUACUCCACGUGUCUGGAAGAGUUUAAGAAGAGCUAUGAGAACGACUCCCAGAGCAGUGACAACAUUAACUUCCUGCGUGUGAGCUGGUCCUCGAAGCAGCUGACCACACUGAAGCCCAUCCUGUCUGACAUCGAGUACCUGCAGGACCAACACCUGCUGCUCACCGUCAAAUCCCUCGACGGAUACGAGUCCUACGGAGAGUGUGUGUUGGCUCUGAAGUCGAUGAUUGGCAGUACACCUCAGCAGUUCCACACGUAUCUGUCUCACCGCGGUGAAGAGACCGGCAACAUCCGCGGCUCCAUGAGGGUCAGAGUGCCUUCUGAGAGAAUGGGGACCAGAGAGAGGCUGUACGAGUGGAUCAGUGUGGAUAAGGACGAGACCGGAGGGCCGAAAGGGAAAACACUGCCCUCUAGAGCUGGACACGAUUACGUCAAGCCCACACCGAGCAGGAAGGAGCUGAGUAAAGUGUCAGAGGAGGGAGAGAGAAACACUACAGGACGCCCUGCAUACACACACACUACAGCUAAAGAGGAUAACUCUCAGACCAGGUUGAAGCAGACGGAGUCUGUGGAUGGAGACGCCACUACAUGCAAAAACAGCUUCAACAACCCCGCCUACUACAUUCUUGAGGGUGUCCCUAACCAAUCAGCAGCUUUGGCUGCAGACCUGCUUCCAGGCUCCGCCCUCUCUCCGACAGCAGCGGUCAAAUCGCCGCCCCCUGCAGGUGGGUCUGGAAAAGGCAAAAGUUCCAUCCAAGCACGUAAGCAGAUGGGCGGCCACGCCCCGCGGCCCAUCAGCGAGGAGGGCGGGUCUUCUGAGGAAGAUGGAGGUUCCGGGUUGACCCGCCCACCUCCAGACUUCCCGCCCCCGCCGCUCCCUAAAAGCGCUCUUGAGGUGACGGACGUCUCGUUUUUCCCAAAAGAGAGCAAACCCCGGCUGCACCCCGACAUGGCAGACAUCAAGAUCCCAGCGACAGUUUCCUCCAAGUCCCUAUCUUCCCCCGGCUUUGCCCCGCCCUCUACUGGAGGCGGAGCUUUCUGCCUGGACCCUUCACCAGGACCAUCAGCUUUCAGAAGAGGAGGCGGGGCUUCGGGAGCUGAUGACCAAUCGUGUUCAGUACUUCAUCUGGCCAAAAAACUGAGCGAAGUUGAAUACGUAGGCGGGGCUGGCAGUGCUGGAGGGGUGGGGCUUAAAGGGGGCGGGUCCAUUCACGGACGAGGUUCAGGAUUUAAUGAAAGCUGUCGCACUUUUCCGCCUCGCUCCAUCCCAGAGGAGAUUAUGACUGAGGACCUGCCUGAGGAGGCCCUGUGGCAGGGUGGUAGCAGCAGCAGCAGUCUGUCGGUGGACUCCAGCGUGGGCGAGUGGCUGCAGAGACUCGGACUGGAGCGCUACGAAGAGGGACUUCUGAGGAACGGCUGGGACGACCUCGAGUUUCUCAGUGACAUCACUGAGGAGGACCUGGAGGAGGCGGGUGUUUUAGACUCCGCCCACAAGAAGAUCCUGUUGGCCAGCUUGAGACAGCAGCAGCAGCAGAAGUAAGCAGAGACGAUGCGCUGACGUCCACAACAGGCCUCGAACCUGCGGCUAGGGAUCAGCUUCCUGACAGAGGAGAAAGUGACAUCAUCAGAGUGCGCCUGAGAGCUUCGUCCACAUUCCUUCCGUUUUCUCUGUCGGGGUUUGGCUCAAGUAGUUUAUUAAUUUAGUGUUUAGUUUGUGAUUUUAAUAAGGAAAAGGGAAAAAUAAGCCAAAUUUAGUGACUGAUGUUUAGUUUAUAUACUUUAGUGUGUGUGUGUGUGUGUGUGUGUGUGUGUGUGUGUGUGAGGGAGAGAAAGGGCAUUUGUUAUCUCUUGUCUGAAAGGCCCUGCUUCAUUGUGGCUUGCAUGUCUGAUACUUUGUAAAAGCUUAACACUAGUGUUAAUAUAUAUAUAUAUGUGUGUGUGUGUGUGUGUGUGUGUGGUUUAUAAAAGACCAACACAGUGUAAAUGUUACAUGUUUGGGAGCAGCACAGUUCAGGGGUAAAAUACCUUUUUUACCUGUAAAGUCCACGUGAGCUGAAGUUACCAGAAGUGGCCACCAGGCGGCGCUGCGGCUUCUUUAAAAGUUUUGUGUGUAACGAUUUUGUCACAGGUGAAAACUGACCGUGGGUCAGUUACUGGGUCUGUAAUUUGGGUGAGAGGAACUGUGUGUGUGUGUGUGUGUGUGUGUGUGUGAGAGUGAGAGAGAGAGAGAGAAAAUUGUCAUGUUUUCAUUGUGAAACUCUGUGUGUGUGUGUGUGUGUAACUCUUAUUUUUAUUAAUGAAUUUAAGUUAAUGUUUAUGCAACGUCGCUGAAUGACGUCAUGUGAAUAAAAACGACUAACGACUGA